AUGCAAGCCAUUCAGAAUUCACCUGGGGAAGAUCCUGCACCUAAGCGGACCAAGAGGCCUCGGGCUGCCCAGGCCUGCGACCGGUGCAGGACGAAGAAGUAUAAGUGCGAUGAGCAAUACCCAUGCGCACAUUGUAGAAAGAGUCACCUAGAUUGCGUGUAUCAGGGGAAUUAUAGGGAGCGUGAAAGCACCCGGUCUGCAAGUUAUGUUACCGACCUUGAGAAGAAGGUAGAGGAGCUCGCCUCGAAGCUACGCGCAGCCGAGGCCCAUAUCACAUCUCCUUUGCCUCUCAAUGCACCGAGCGCUCAAGCUGUAGUUCCCGUGGCAUUGGAUGCAACACCUUGCUCCAUGCCACGAACAGGUUCCACACCGCGCGACACAGCCAAUUUGCCCAACGAGCCCCCAGAGGAGUCCGGGGAGAGCGCAGACGACGAAAUCAACGAACUAAACCUUCACACGAACGCAAUCGAAUUUCACGGCAGUACCUCCUCAGCGGCUGUUCUCGGCCAUCUGCAAAAGACUCGAGAGCCGAAGCCCCACGAGGAAUACCAUCCUCGCGCAGCGAACUUUUCAUUGAUCUCAACGUUGCACAACCCUAGCUUCUCUCCAUCAACCACAGGCCCUGGCCAAUUAACCUCUAUCGAGCAGCAAAAUUAUUACUUUGACCAGGCGCAUGUGUUUAUGAAUGGUUAUUUCGAGAAUAUUCAUUUCAUUCAUCCUUUUAUCGACAAGGAAGAUUUUUUCGCGCGCGCCAGCGACCUGUGGCUUAAUCGCUCUCAUACCCCCGAGCCCAGCUUCGUCGCACUGUAUUUGAGUAUCCUAUCUUUUGGAUCGCUGGUGCGGGUAUGGGACGAGGAUACCCUUGCUGGUCUGGGUCGCUUCGAAUGGAGCCGCAAGCUGUUUGGCGAAGCCCAGGCUUACUUGAAUCACUUGCGGUUCUCGAAUGAUCUUGAAACUGUUCAAUGUCUCUAUAUGAUGGCAAAAAUUUGUCAAAACGAACUUAACCCCAAUCUGGCUUAUAUGUAUCUUGGUUUGGCGGUACGCACUUGUCUAUCUGCUGGCUUUAACCGAGAGGUCCGAGGCCCUAAUGAUCAACGUUCGAGCUGGAUCUCGAAAACUUGGUGGGGAUUAUUCUCACUUGAAAUAGAAAUGAGCUUUUCAGUUGGUCGACCAGAUACUUUGGGAAUGGACGAAUACCAUAAUCGAGCCAUGCCACCUCGAGAUGACUCCGAGUAUGCCAUUAUCCCAUGGAUGGCUGACUUCGCUCAAAUCGUCCGACGGGUCUCCGUCCAGAUCUACCACUCGCGCAUUACAUUACAGGAGAAGCUCCAACUGGGUCUUCAAAUCGAAAUGGAGAUGGACCGCUGGCUUGCACGGCUACCGGAAAAGCUAAGGCCAGAUAUUGGUGCACAUAGACCACCUCGAAGUGCCCUCCGAGAUCCAAAAUGGGCGAGAAGACAACGGCUUGUGCUGGGGAUCCGAUACUAUAACGUGAAAAUGCUAUUAUUCCGGCCAUUCUUGAGUCAUUUCACCCGCAAGCUUCGACAUCCUCCCAGCGAAUUAGAGGAGACAAUCGGCAAAUGCCUGGACGCUGCCAUGAAGACGAUCGAAGUGAUACAUGAUAUCUACCGAGUCCACGAAUUUUUCAGAUGCUGGUGGUACAACACAACCUAUGUGAUGUUUGCGACAUCAACUCUUCUUCUCCCAAUGUCAAAACUCGGCAUGUGCGAAGAAACAAUGCCCUUGCUCCGCUCUGUAGAAAUGGGAGUCGAGAUCUUAGAAGCCAUGGAGGAGUCUGUCGUCGCACGGAAGUCGGUGGAAAUUAUUCGUCAAUAUCUACGGGAAUUCCGGGCUUCCGGUACGCACCACCUUGUGCCGGGAGCCGGCGGAGAGCACGGUGAGAUGGCCCCGUCAGGAGAGCCAGGGCCUGGCCAACCUGGAUUUGAAAUCCCGGAUUGGGCUCAUGGCUUCGGAUUCCCUGAUUACUCAUUUGAUGGGAUCGCUCGACUGUUUGAUGAUAUCGGGGGACUGCCCAUGUUGGAUGAGAAUAAU